ACUGAGUCGGUGGCUCCCAGAACGAUCAGACGUGCCUCGCAUAGGAACCUCUCCAGACCUCUCCACAAAUCAUCUCUUGUGCGCCUAACGCGAGUGCGUCAACACUAUUGAGAAAUUAAAAGAUAGGCGAAAUAUUUGAAUUUCUCGAAAGACAAGAGCAUCGUUUGUUCUUCCAAGUGAUCUACUUCCGAGCCCAAUUAAGACAUUGUGGCUGCUUCUGUCGUCUCCGGUGGCAGAGGGAAAAGUGUUGUGUCAGAUGUCUCGAUAAGAAUGGAAAUUUUGUUAAUUACCCAAGCGAUUGUCUAAAGUAGAAGAAGAUAAGAGAAGUCUUCUGCUGGAGUUGAGAAAAGUGGCAGAGAGAACAGUUAAGAACUGUGAGUGUUAGUGUCUAUUUUCCCUGCAAUUUUCCAUCCCGCAACACUCCAAAAGGCCCAAGAGACGGGGCAAAAAGUGAAAUUCUUGUGCAUAACUCUUUUUUGUCAUUUUUUUUUGCUGGUGCUAAGAAUUAAGAUUUCGAGAGCAUCAAAAAGCACGGUUCAGCUGCAAAAGAAAAUGUGUCAACGAUUUAUCAGCGACUUAAUCAGCUCCAUCUCACAUACUGCAGUGAGGCAGAAUGUUGGGCUUAUGAUGGUGAUAUUUUUGACAACGACACUUCCGUUCAUCUGUGCUCAAGACUACGACGUGACGGACAUUCAGUGUUCAUUUGCAUCUCAGGGAUCAAGUGUAGGUGAUACAAUCACGGCUCAUUUAAAGAAGCCGAUGGGCUUCAAAGGAACCCCCCUGUUUGCCGAUGAUCGCAGCAUAAACCCAGAAAAUGAUGUGAACUGCAUCAUAAAACCAGAUCUCAAUGAUCCCACCGAGUUGGGAUACCUGCUGAAGAUCUUAGAUUUUUCACGAUGUGGCGUUCUGAGGCGCAACGGAUUCGUCCACGUGCGAAUAUGGUUCCCACAGUUCCCCGGUGUCGUGAUGCAAUCAGACCAAGAGUUGAUCAUCAUGUGCAAGCCACCAGAACCAACGGUGAUCCAGAACAAGGCGGCUGGCUUCGCUGGAAGUUUUCCACAUGGAGCUCGAGUGUCUGGUGUGGUUGAAGAGACUCCAGGAAGGUUGGAGUAUGAAGUGGCUCUGUACAAAGAAGCUCCUCCAGUGGCCAGAAUUAGUGCUGCACAUCUAAAGAAUUCAUCUCUUGGCAAUCCAGUCACGAAUAAUGAAGUUCCUGUUGAUCAAGCCGUUCCCAUUGGCACAAAAUUGCAACUGAGAGCGAGAAUUAGUGCCCAGAGUGUUUGGAAAUAUGUGAAGUUGAUGGAAGUGACAGUAUCUCCAGAUCCGGAUGAUCCUCAUGCUAUUGGUGCUGUUGCUUUGGUCAGAGAAGGAUGUCGGAACAGAGAUUUUGCCUCAAUCAUUCCUCAUCAGCCAGCUCGCUACAGAGAUCGCUCCAAUGAGGUCUUCCUGGACUUUGAGGCCUUCCUCCUGAGUUCCAUGAAGGAAAGGAGUACCCUAUGGAUUCAUUCUCAGAUCAAGGCGUGCAUGGAAGCAGCUGACUGUCAGCCAGACUUUUGCCUGGAUCUCUUUGAGCCAUCAGGUCACGGACGAAGGAGGAGAGCAAUCGCUGAUAAAAAUGCAACUGAUUACACCAAGUUCAAAGAGAACAUUGAGUACACAGUGAUCAUGCCUGGAGAUUACGAGACUUUGAAAUCCAAUCAAACUUCUGACCAGUGUAGGAGUUUUCUCCUCAUCUCUGCCCUUUUAUCCUUCCUUUUGGCUCUUUCUACCGUCAUUACUUGUGUGGCUGUUUUUAAGCUUCAGAACGGUCGAAAACAUGUUGAAUAUGUAGAUGGACACAAAGGAUAUGCAGGACGAGCAAUUGUGCAAUAGACAAAAGAAAAAAAGAUUAAAUAACAUUUAAGAAUAAUUUUCCAAAUUGGGGGACUUUGUGAAUUUCUAAUAGAAAUUUCUGAUCAUUGUUCUUUCACCUGAAAAAGCUCAUUAUUAUUUAUUUAAGUAACACUUGCGAGUUGAUUUCAUGUGCAAAAAUCUCUGAGGACACUCCUUUUAUUUGGGUGUUUUGCUAUUCAUCAUCUUCAACGGGGUUCGAUCAGACAUUUCUAUUGGAAAGUAGAAUCAAAUUGAGUAAUUUAUUAAUUUAUUUAUUGUAGUAUUAACAGCGUGAGACAAGAAUGUCCUUGCGCAAUUUCUAUUGACCAAUGAAAAUGUAGAUUUAGGUUUUUUUCUUAUAAGGAAAGUUAAAUUUGUGACGAUGAUCAAUAAAGGCAGAUGCGAUUUAAAGCUUA